CUACACACGCAUUCUAGUCGCUUUCACAUGGCUUGCAGGAUUUGGGGCCCACAACCCGUGUUUUUCUUCUACUUGAGGCCCGAAUUUUAGCUUCAGCAACACAGGCGUACGUACUGUCGAAACAGAGUCAUAGGAAGGAAUAGAGUUUCAUUUAUGUGCGAUUGGAAAAUUGAAUUCGGGGACUUCGUUGAAUUAUUCAAUUAUUUGAUAGCUAUUUAUUUCAUGGUUUGAAGCUUGAUCGCAUCGCGUCUUUUGUCGAGUCAAUUCGUUGUUGCAGUCACAUGCUUCGAUUGAGAAUUUUGGAAGUCGAUGCUUUGUGGUAUCCGCAUGCUUGGACAUUGCUGUGAUUGGCUUAGAGUAUAUACGGAUUGAAGUUGAUAGACUUUUCAGUUUAAUUUGAGCUUCCUUGAUUGUUCUUUAUGGUGAUCGAUUUUGAUUCCAAGGUGAUCUUUUUGUUUUUUCCCCCGUGUUUUGCUUCAACGGGUCUUGUGAUCUGGGUUUCGGUCUGAAGCGGAGUUCCGCGAAACUGAAACGUUUGGGUUUCUGUGAAAUUUGAUAUAGCUUGUUGUAAGAGUUCAGACAUUGGUUUCGGUUGGUAGAGUUUGGUACUAGCAGCUUUCAUCUUCACCUGAAGUUUUCUACUUAGGUUUAGGCGUUUAGCUUGAGGCCUAAAUUUUGCACUCGAGUUUGAUUUUUGAAAUUCUCAACUCUGGUAUGAUAUGUGAGAGUGACGUCAGAGUUUCCAGAAAGAACGCCAUUGUUGAGUAUUGUUAUUGCUACGAUGUCGGUGGCGUCACCAGCUCCUGCGGCCGCCACAGGCCCACCAUCACCACCAACACCCUCCACCAACAGUAGUGCAGUGCCGCCCCCCACCGCUCCGCCACCACAAUCCUCUUCACCGGCACCACCAGGCAAUCCCACUUCGCCGCCGCCUUCGGCACCUCCGCCAUCUUCAACCCCUCCCACACAGUCUCCACCUCCGGUGACUCCGUCAGCACCUCCUCCUGUUGUGCCAUCGCCUCCGCCGGCACAGUCACCGCCACCUCAGGCAUCACCACCCCCUUCAUCUGUCACUACACCCCCAUUGUCACCUUCUUCAGCUCCUCCUCCUCCUCCACAAUCAGUUGCACCUGCGUUACAACCACCACCUCCGCCUAAUGCUACCCCGCCUACUUUUCCUGUACUUUCACCUCCACCACCACAAGCACAGGCUCCACCGCCAUCUAAUUCAUCCCAACGACCGCAAUCACCUCCUCCAGCAAAUUCAUCCCAACCACCGCCAUCUAACCCAUCUCCGGUGCCUUCGCCGCCUACACCAUCGGCAAACCCGCCAAGAAACUCACCUCCACCUCGUACACCAUCGUCAAACCCUCCCCAAAACUCCCCUCCGCCGCCUUCACCAUCGUCAAAACCUCCAGCAAACUCACCACCACCGACAUCAAGCCCCCCGCGAAAUUCAACUUCACCGCCAUCAUCUGUGCCACCCCGAGGGACAUCUCCAUCACCAGCAUCAGCACCGCCUGUAAAUUCACCUACCCCGGCGGCUAGCCCACCUAGUUCUCAAUCAAGUCCAUCUCCCUCAAAGUCUACCCCAAAUUCAUCUCCGCCGCCCCCCAUAAUUCGAAUGGCUCCACCUCCGUCCUCACUUUUGUCACCACCGACUUCUCAAAAUUCCUCCCCGCCAUCAGAAAGUGGAACAGAGAGUUCAAACGCCAGUCCAAGUGGUGGCAAUACUGGUGUUGCAGUGGCUAUUGGUGUAGCGGGGGGAAUUAUAGUGAUAACCUUAAUUGGAAUUCUUAUCUGGUACCUGAUAAGGAGGCGAAAGAAACGGGGGCCUGAGAGUGGUGGUUAUAUCAUGCCAUCCACUUCUGGCUCACUACCCGAGUCAGAUUCGUCGUUUUUUAAGACACAUUCUUCAGCUCCUUUUGUACAAAGUGGUUCUGGUAGUGACACUGUGUACUCACCAUCUGAGCCGGGGGGACUAGGCAACUCGAGGGCAUGGUUUACGUAUGAAGAACUAGUCAAAGCUACAAAUGGUUUUGCGCCUCAAAAUCUUUUGGGUGAGGGUGGAUUUGGUUCUGUAUAUAAAGGAUGCCUACCUGACGGGAGAGAGGUAGCAGUCAAAGCGCUAAAAAUUGGUGGAGGACAGGGUGAGAGGGAAUUCAAAGCUGAAGUGGAGAUUAUUAGUCGCAUUCAUCAUCGCCAUUUAGUCUCUUUGGUGGGAUACUGCAUUUUAGACAGCAGAAGGCUGCUCGUCUAUGACUAUGUCCCCAACAAAACCCUCUAUCAUCAUCUUCAUGGGGAAGGUAUGCCAGUGGUGAGCUGGGAAAAACGUGUGAGAAUUGCUGCUGGUGCAGCUCGAGGAAUUGCUUAUCUCCAUGAAGAUUGCAAUCCUCGGAUUAUUCAUAGGGAUAUCAAGUCCUCAAACAUUCUUUUAGAUUACAACUUUGAUGCUCAAGUCUCAGAUUUCGGGCUAGCCAAAUUAACCCUUGAUGCAGAUUCACACAUAAGCACUCGUGUCAUGGGAACAUUUGGAUAUGUUGCACCUGAAUAUGCAUCAAGUGGCAGAUUGACUGAGAAGUCUGAUGUAUUUUCUUUUGGGGUUGUACUUCUGGAGCUCAUUACUGGACGGAAGCCUGUAGAUGCUUCUCAACCGAUCGGGGAUGAGAGCCUAGUUGAAUGGGCUCGACCUUUGCUGAGUCAUGCAAUUGAAAACAAGGACUUCGAAGGAUUAACAGAUCCUAAGCUUGAAAAGAACUAUGUUGAAAGUGAGAUGUUAAGCAUGAUUGAAAUUGCUGCAACUUGUGUGCGACAUUCGGCUGCCAAAAGACCUCGAAUGGGACAGGUUGUUAGAGCUUUUGAUAGCUUAGUAAAUUCAGAUUUAAACAACGGGAUGAGGCCAGGGGAAAGCGAGGCAUUUAACUCUGCACAACAAUCUGCAGAAAUAAGAAUGUUUCGGAGGAUGGCAUUUGGGAGUCAAGAUUACAGCACAGACUUUUUUAGUCAGACAAGUUUGAAUUCAACAUAGAAGGCUAUGUACAUACUACAGAGUUUAUUCAUUUUGGACCAGUCUAUCUUGUCAAGAAAAGCCAAGGUUAGACCCCCAGCUGAGUUAUGUUUGUUGCAGUGGCUCAGGCUGAUGUGCACCGAUGCAUUUGCUUCCCUGGAACUGACUGCAUCAGGUUCAAAAACCUUGAUUCUUGUGAUAUUCCAUUCAUUCCCCCAUAGCAUCAGCCGUUCUUCUGUAGCAUUCUAUUUUUAUCUUUUGUAAUUAAAUUUUGUGCAAGGUGUUCCUGACACUCAUGAUAAGCUAAUAUAAGUAUAUAUUUUUAUA